UCGAAAGUUUGUGGAUACAUAAACUAAAUUUCAAUAAUCCAUUAAAGAUGGUGUUGUUGAGGAGGAAGCUCGCUUGUUGUACAUGGAAUAGAGAAAUCAACAAAAGCAUCGACUUUGGUCAACCACCACCAAACGGAAAUAACUUGAAGAUGCCCAAAUGGUGGUGGGGGCUGGGGACACACUAGUCAUUUUCUUGCUUUUGGUUUUGGAUACUUGUUAAACAACCUAGUUGUUGGUUGGAUUCCCACCAUGUUACCUUCAGUGGCGAAGCUUGAGAUUUCAAACUGUGGGCGAAAGUCACCGGACCUAAAAGUUUCUAUAAAACUGGGGUCGAAAACGUAUACGCCCAAAAAUUUCUAUAUGAAAACUGCAUACUUUCCACUACUGAGCGAAAAGUUCUGGGCCCUCCCUUAAAAGCUUCACCCAUUGUUACCUUUUCAUUUACCCUUUCCUUAUAUUUUUCACCAAAAAAACACCAUUUUUCUUGAUUUUUAGAGUUCCAAGGAGAAAAAAAAUUAAUCGAACCAUAACCGAAGUAACCAAACUGACAGAAAACUGAUAGUUUGGUUCAGUUUUUAUCGUCUGUUUCGGAACCCGUGACCUGUUGUCUGAUGCCACCAAACCCAUACUUGAACCUUUAAUGCUAUUGCCUUGGUGCUAACUUCUCUAACCAACAAUAUUUCUUGUAACACGAUGUAGAGCGAACUAAAGGAAUAAAUGAUAAUUUUCUAAACGCAUAAACCAUUACAUUUUAAUGAAAAUCCAAUAAAUUUGGUAGUCGUUGCCAAAUCGUGUAAAACAACAAUUUCAGUGAAUUUAAUAAAAUCCACCAUUCACACGUUUUUUACAAAUGAAACAAAAAUAAAAAAAAAAAUAAAAUUUGGGAAAACAAAAUUGUGAUUUAUACCUUCAGGAAAAAGCUAACCAGCAAAAAGGAAAACAAUAUAUAAAAAUAUGAGCUAAAUAAUAAUAAUUACUUCUUAAGAUUUGGUUUUGAGUCAAUCAUCCAGGUGGCAAAUUCAAGACAUGUAUUUGUCUCCUUAAACAUUUUUUGUGUAUUAAUUUGUUAUAUUAAAAUAAUCUUCACAAUUUCUGCCCAUAUUUUUUAUCUCUAAUUAUUUUAUCAGAUGAAAAAAAGUUCAACACCCUCUACUACUACUUCCUAUAUGAACUAGUAACUAACAUAUUUAUAUGCAACUACAACACUUGCAGCAUGUGUUUGUUUUUACUGAAGAAUCUGCAUUAUUAUAGAGAUGUUUCAGGAAUUGUGACAUAUAAUGGGCUUGAAAGCUGCAUUCAGAGUGCUAACUCUUGUGAGGAUGAAAGUGUUACAACUAGAGGAGAUGAAUGUCCAACUGACUCUCUUGAUGAAGAUGCUUCAAACUCUUCUUCUGUCACUGAUGUUUACGGCUCAAUUUCUUCUCAUUGGAUGAUAAUGAAAAGGGAUGAUCAAAAGCCGGAUGAAUGGGAAAGCGCACGACAUGGUAUCACAAAAGAUGAACCAUUGUCACAAAUCUGCCAUGUGGAAAUAAUGAAAGAAACAUUUUCAAAACUCUUGUUGGGUGAAGAUACUACAGGAGGGAGCAAGGGUCACUCCUCUGCUUUGGCUUUGUCCAAUUCCAUAACGAAGCUCGCCCAAUCUGUUUUCGGGGAGCUAUGGAAACUAGAGCCUCUACCAGAGGACAGAAAGGACAGGUGGCGAAGAGAAAUGGAAUGGUUGCUUGCCCCUACUAACUAUAUGGUCGAGUUGGUUCCUGCUAAGCAAUAUGGCGCUAACGGCCGGGCUCUAGAGAUCAUGAGACCAAAAGCCCGUGCAGAUGUUCACAUUAAUCUUCCGGCUCUACAGAAGUUAGACUCCUUGCUUCUUGAAAUGCUAGAUACAAUGACAAAUACCGAGCAUUGGUAUGAAGAAGGUAGCCGAUCAGAAGGAAAAAACAAGAGUGUUGAAGAAGGUGAAAGAUGGUGGCUUCCAAUGCCACGAGUACCCGCAGGUGGACUCUCUAAUGGCAAGAGGAAAAGGUUGCUGAAUCAGGCGAAAUUGGUUCACCAAAUAUUCAAGGCUGCCAAGUCUAUAAAUGAAACCAUCCUGGCUGAAAUGCCUAUACCAAAGAUCAUUGGACAGGCACUUCCUAAGUCUGGAAAGGCAAACCUUGGUGAUGAUCUUUAUAGGACUCUAAAUACAGCCUCUUACUCAGCUGUAGGAAUGCUGAAUUCACUUAACAUAAAGUCCGAACACAAUGCCCUGGUAACCAUUAACAGACUAGAAGCCGCAAUAUACGCAUGGAAAGAAAGAGUCUCGAUACAAAAAACCAGCACUAAAUCUCCAGCAAGAACAGUAUGGUCCUUCAAAGAUCCUUCGGAGCUCAAUAAGAUGGAGUUUCUGAUAAACCGAGCUGAAGUUCUUAUGCAGCAAAUUAGAAACCGAUACCCAAACCUUCCUCAAUCCUUUCUCCAUGUCAUGAAAAUCCAAUACGGAAAGGAUAUCGCCUACGCGAUUUUGGAAGCUUAUUCUCGGGUUCUUGGAAACUUGGCAUUUAACAUGCUCGCUAGAAUUGGAGACAUUUGUCACGAGGAUGAAUCGGUCAAUCCUAACUCACCGAUGCCAAUGGGAUUCUCAGGCAUUGUAAGUGCAAGGCACACACUCUUUGAUAAGAUGAACUACAUAGAUGGAAAACUGAGUUUGUUAAAAGCUGAAAAGGCUUCGUAUACGCCAUUCUUAGGUGAUGAAACAAAUACAGAUUCAAUCGCAGCGACACCUAGUCGAAUCCCUCAUUGUUGUAUAGGUAAAGAGGUUUGUUAUACACCCCCUAAAAUGUCACCUUAGUUCAGUUAUGUAAAUGGUAUGCUAUGUAAGUACGAGAAACGUAUACAAAACCUACAUACUUCCAAAUAAAAUGCGGUUAUUUCGCUAAAA